GGAUGGCGGAGGGUAGCGGUAAUGUUAACGUAAAUCCGGCCAACCUUCCUCCGGGAGAUCCGCAGCUUAUCGCUAUGAUUGUGGAACAUCUGAAGAACCGGGGGCUGUUUGACGAGUUCCGUCGGGACUGUUUGGCCGACGUUGACACGAAGCCUGCAUACCAGAACCUGCGGCAGAAAGUUGACAACUUCGUCACGUCGCAGCUGAGUACACAGGACUGGAACCCGUCUAUCAACAAGAACCAGAUGAGGAAUGGACUGAGGCAAAGUGUUGUUCAGUCUGGUAUGCUGGAGUCCGGUGUGGAUAGGAUCAUCACUCAGGUCGUUGACCCCAAGAUGAACCACACUUUCCGGCCACACAUAGAAACUGCCAUUCAUGAUUUUCUGUCAGGGGACAGGAAGGAUGAAAACUCCUUAAGUUCGAACCCUGCACCGUCUGAGCAGACAGAAUCGCAAGAGGCCCCGUCUGCCUCCGGCCCCAAAACCCCCUGUAUGAAUGAACAUCAUCGCUCAUUCUACAUGUGCCCAUUAAAACACACACUUUUGGUCCCAGCGUGGCGCGCGUUCACAGAGCUGCACUGUGAUUGGUGGAGACUCAAACUCCAGGCCGUCGUGAACGCGCAGCUCACACGCAGCUUUAUAUAUUUCAGCCUUCAUGCCGCGGACAGCCUGUUUAAGUGGAAACUGCGCACCAGCCUCUCCAACAGCCAAGUGCUGACCAUGGAUCCACAUGAUGUCCAGGAGAAACAAGUGAGCCAGGCCAAGAGACGCCUCUCUCUGCAAAGCACAGCUGAGAUUCAGAGUUGUCUGGUGAGUUCAGGGGAUGUCGGAUGUGGGACGUUUCAGUGUUUCAACAACAACUCCUGUGAAAUGCAAGGGCUGCACCACAUCUGUCUGACUCUGCUGCACAACGCUGGACGCUACGACUCACAGGGCAAGUCGUUUGUGAAGGAUGCAUUGCGGUGCAUGGCACUGGGACUGCGGCAGCGCUUCAGCUGUGUGAGUCGACGGUGCUCGGCAGUAAAAGAGAUGGUGUACUCACUCCAGAGAGAGUGCUACUCCAAGCACCAGCUCUGCCUGGCGCUACGGGACCACAUGGACACCAUGGGCAACCUGAUACAGUUCCACCUGAUGUUUCCCCCGGGGCCGUAUGUAGAACUGAUGAACUUCCUCCUGAAGUGUGGAGACGAGGUCAGGCUGUGGGUUGGCCGGCGGCUGCACGGACAGUGCGAGCAACACUGGGGGGCGCUGUGCAGCAGCCUCAGCGGCACCUGCUCCCUCAACCAAUCAGACACUCUGCAGCACACUAGCACCACCACGCCAUCACCACCACUCACCACGCCCUGGCCCAUCACUUCUCAAGUGCCCGUGCAUCAGCCAACCAGAGUGGUCAAACCAGAGAACAGCAACCAGCAGCGUAGAAACAUUGACAACACAAGUGAAUCUGGUAUCCCCGUAUUUGAGAAAUCCAGUGUUACUACUUCAUAAAAAGACAGGCAAUCCAUGCUGAGUUGUAGACAGGGUAUACAAAGAUACAAAGGCCACAGACUUAUUACUGUAAUAUUAGUAGAAGAAUGAGUAAAAGACAUUUUUAUCAGAGUAUUUCAUCUAGUAUGGCUGGUGAAAGUGAUGCAGCAUACCUUAGCCUAUUUAAUCUGUUGGAUAUUUGUAUUAAUAUCUUUUCUUUACAUUUGAUUUUGUACAAGGCUGAAAAGCAAUUAUCUACCUCACUGCAACAUCACAGGAAACCACAGUGGCAGCAUCCUUCAACAAAGGGCACGGACACACGAGUAAACACUACGAGGAAUCUGUAUCUAGCUCAUGUGCAGCUGAUAGCUCGAAGUCAGUAUUCUGCCUAUUUAAGUCUGUUUUUAUAUUUAUGAGGAUUGUUGUAUCAUGCAUAGUAUAGUUGACACACGAUCAACAAUUAUCCUGUGGACAGUCGGGGUGCAGUCUGCAGGAAGGGAAGCACUCUUAGGUUAUGACGUGUUAUAAAUAUGUACUUCUGCGGUUCUACUUGAGCCACCACAUUUCAUACAGACCGCCAGGUUUCAAGCUUUGUUUUGUAAGUUUUUAUUUAAAGGAAUCUAAAAAUAUAUUUGUGAGCAUUUUGAUUGAAAUGAAAUAAACUACGAUGUCACUGGACAGAGAGAUGUGUGUGAAUUAAGUCUAUUUUGUCCCAUAAAAUAGUUCUUCACACAAGUUCACAGUGUAGCAUCUCUGAUAAUGAUAAACGUUGAGUAUCCCUCCACUGAUUAGUGCAUCAAUAUGUUGCAAGUAUUCAACAAAAAAACAGACUUUCUGUCCAACAUUCAUACUGUCUGACUCAACAUAGUAAUUAAGUAAUGACAUUUUGAGAUCAGUAGUUUGAGAUCCAACUGGAAGGAACAAAGGCACAUGGUAAACCUGUCAACAGCAUCUUUGGAACAGCCAUCCAGACCAGUCCAAUAUGCACACUUUCUAUACUGAACACACACAGAUUGUAAUUGUAAUUUGACAAAAUGUAAACAAAGAGAAAGUUAUUACACACAACGGCCUUGAAACUGGUUAGUUCUGAAUGCCAGAUGACACAUUAAGGCCUCAGUAUGCCUCAAAGUGCUUCUCUAAA